AUGGGGGACGAUGAUUGGCCAUCACAACGAUUUCGCGAUCAUGUUAUUAAUCGAUUGGAACCAGAAUUAGCGAGAAAUCGUCAAAAUGCUCCAAAUUUACCCGUACCCGGUGAUGCAAGACAGGUGGAGGAGUAUGUUUUCAACAAAUGCGUAAGUAAAGAUGAAUAUAUGCGGACGAUUGCCAAAGUUAUCAAUGCAAUCAAUUGUAACUCAAAAUCAGCAGCAGUACCAUCUCUUCUUCAACCGUCUCGCGUUCAAUCGGCAUCGCAAAACUAUCGGUCGGCGAGUCUUGGUAUACCACCGGAUCCGCAACCCACUCACCAGCAACAACAACAAAAGGUUAUGGAUAGGUACCAUGCCUCUCCAUUUGUUCAACCGCCGCCUAUGAUACAGUCGCAGCAAUCGUCACCUGGUGCAUUAUCUGGCGGUUGUAUGCAGCCGUCACAAUCAAGUAUGCAACAGCAUUCUCCGGUAAUACACCCAGUGGUUCCCCAGCAAACGCCGUAUAAUAUGCUUUCUCCGGUCCCCUCUGUUCCUGGGUCACACAGUACCUCUCCAAAUCAUCAGAUGUACAGUCGCGUAAAAACUGAGCCGAAAAGUAGCGGUAAUGAUGGUGCAGAAGUUCCAAUAUCGGAUUCAAUGUCUGUUCGUGUAUGGAAGCGUGAAGUUCCUCCUUCCGGCAAUUAUUACCCAGCCGGUCCUUACGGUGCUACUGAUUCCACUCAGUAUGUUGAACGUACCCAUUCAUCGACACCGUUUAUUUCACGAGCAACACCCAUUUCUUCUUCACAACAGCAAAAUGCUUCACCACACCACCAACAGCAGCAUCAGCCAUCUGUUUUAGAAAAUCUUAUCAAUUCACCUCACUAUGGGUCACCGACACCGUCUUCACGGCAUUUAAAUGGAUCGGGUAAUCAAAACAUUGCUGAUUUGCCAUUUGGAAAUACCAUACAGCAAAAUGACGAGCGUAUAUAUACCGAGAAAUUACGCUCAUUAAGGCCUUACAUUGAGAGUUUACGAGCACGUGCGCAACAAUGUCGAUUGGAAGGCAACGAAAUUGCUGCAAGUAAAUUUGAUACAAUGUGCAACGUUCUUGAUGGCAAAUCACGGGUAUCAUUUGAAUAUCUUUUGCAAAUAGAAGCAUGGAUAUACAAAAAGCAACAGUUUCUGGUGAGUAAUAUGGUUUAUGGUUUAAAUCCACUGGUGGAUGCAGUAAAUGCAGUUUUGUUAAACAGUGAAACACAGGCGGGAUACGGUGAUCGUGUACAAACGAAUACUGAUGUACCAUCCGCCGGACAUUGGUCGUUGCCAUCCAGUCGAUCACAGCAACAACAGCAGCAAACAUCACCACAAGUGUUACCUACUAUGGUGCCAUCAUCAGUCUCAGUGGCUCAUUGUCCAGGCCGAACUACUCUUAUGCAAUCACCAGUGACAUUGCAAACGACAAGUGGUCAACAAGUUGCACGACAUUCAGUCGAACAUGCCUAUCAACGACAUUCACCCUACCCAAAUCCAAAUGCUGGAUUACAUACCGGUACACAGGCGCAGUCGAUGGCGCUGCAUCAUGGUUUAUCCAGGCAACAAGCAGCAACAGUAGCUACAACUUUACCACCAUUCUCAGAAUCAAAUCGUGCACAAACAACUGACUGCAGUGGAGUUGAGGAUCUUUAUGUACUGGAUGAUUUUUUGCCAACUCCUGUAGAAGCAAUAUCGAAUAGCACAUCUUCACAGAUAGAAGGUCAGUUGCCAGAGGCGGUGCGUCAGGAAUUACUAGCAUUUGGAGAUCGUUUUUUAGUAGAUCCUAAUGUUGAACAAGUAGCUGAUUCACAUUCUGUUACUAUUAAGUUUUCAUUAACCUCACACAAUGUGCCACCGCUACUGUUGAUUAUACCGAAAACAUAUCCCAAUGGUGAAGUCCUGGUGGGUCGUGCUGCACUUGAUCUAGAUUCGUUUUUCUUCGAUGAUUUGCAAAAUGUGAUACACGAACGUUUAGCUCUACCAGGUUUACGAACGGUGACAGAUUUCCUUGAAACUUGGGAAUCGACAGUACGUGGUUAUUAUUUGGGGCAGCAGCAGCACUCACUGUCACCCAUUUCAUUUGAUGACAUAUUACAAAAUACGAAUUUCAGUGAUUUCUUAUCCUGA